AUGUUGAGAUACGAAAGGCACCGCUGCCUGACCAGCUACCCAUCACCCGAGCCACCGCUGCACAGGAAAAACGAAUGGACGGCGACCCACAACAGCAGUAAACUUUCGAGGGCUACCGAGACGGCGGCCUUGUUCAUCGACACCAGGUGCUGCCACUGCCACUUAGUGCGACCAGCGGCAACGGCUAGCAGGGAAAUCACUACCGCUGGGUACACCGGUGCAGCCGACGAUGCCGCCGCUCCAGACGCUGGACCACCGGGUGACGGCCAAGGCGGCGAAGAGGCCACGGCGUCCGACCCCCAGGGACGCACUUCUCCCAUAUAACCCUGGCUGCGGAAGCCUCACGUGCAGUGCAGAGUACGUGGCCGCCCCCGCUGCCGCGGGGGUCGUGUGGGUCGCAGGGGAAUGGCCACUUCCUUAGUCGAGGUAGUAGUACCGCUCCGCCUUGCUGCCCAUGUUGGACGGAAGGUGACGGUGGCGGAAACCGGUUGAGGGGAAAGGUAGGACCAGCCGGAUCGUCCUCUUGCCGCACAAGUUAACCUCCGGGUACCGCUUGUUCUACAUGCCCCCCCCCUGCUGAACUGUUAACAGAGUCGUUCAUAAACGCGAAAACCUAGGGCCAGAUGGCCCGCAAGUACACCGCGCGUGU